UUUUUAUGCACUAUUCUCGUGUUGCACAUGGUAUCAACGCAAUCGCGUUCAAAGAAACACAAUUCGGAAAUCUGAAGUCUGCUUUAGCUUAAUUGAAUAAAGAAAUGAAAGCUGUGCUGUAUGUAUUGAAUCUCGCCGUGAUAGCAUUGGCAGCUGAGCCCGCAUGUCCUGUGUGCUCGAAAUAUCAUUAUGAAGAAAUGUUGUUGGAGCGAGUUCUCCGCACUGAGAUGGCCCUGGAACAAACGCUUAGAGACAUCAAAGAAACUAAUACAAAGGUUGUGGACGCAUUGAAGAAGCUUGACAAUGAAAACGCUCAAGUCAACAUUGCUAUUGAAGCAAUGGAACGGAAGCAGAUUGUACUUGAAGAAACAUUGGAUAAUUCCAUCAAUAUAGCGCUGACCAACGUGUCUGAAUCUCUGAUUAAAGAAAUGGAAGGCAGAGCUAACCGUAUUAAAGGAGAGCUGCAGACUCCAACAAUACAGUUUCGUGCCGAGCUCGCCUCCUCUAUAACGGUAAACACCGGUGACGAUGUAGUGUUUGCACGGGUGGAGAUCAACGAAGGUCAAGGCUAUGACAAAGCAACAGGAAAGUUUACUGCCACUAUUGCCGGUUUAUACAACUUUGCGGUACACCAUUGCACCCAGAAAAACCUAUAUGUUCAUCCGGCGAUUGUAUACAAUGGCAAGUCUCUGAAGGCGUCAUUUAACUUCGCGGCUAAUGGCUAUGACCAGUGCUCGUCGCUGCAGGCCUUUGUCUUGAUGUCCAUUGGUGACAAAGUCUGGGUACGAGCUUACUGGACAAGUUACUUUAUUCAGAUUGACGGUGAACGUGAUAAUACAUUUUCUGGAGUACUGAUUCAUGUUUGAUAUCCGAAUGAUUGGUGUUUUUAAAAUAUCAUAUAGUUUGUUGUAUAAACGAUUGAUUAGUUUGUAUUAUUGUUGCAAACAAAGUUUUUGUUUAUUCAUGCUAGUAUAUUACAGAAAUUAAAUGCAAAUUAAUUGAAA